AUGCACUUCGUUCAUACAUAUUUCCUGCUCUUUUACUGCUUUAUUGUACAGUUUGUUACAAUAACAGUAGCAAGUGCUCAUAAUGACGAAGCAUUAGGAGAAAAACGUGCAAUACGUAAUGCUUUGGUACGCUUCGAUCGAUCGGGCAUAAGAAACGCCCUCGUCAGGUUUGGAAAGCGGAUGUCUGAUAUGUAUUUCUUAGAUGCAGAAAAUAGACGAGCUACGGCUCUAAAUCCGUCCGGUAAAGUUUCUUUUUGA